GUGUUGGCUUUUAGGAAUUUCACUACUGAGGAAGCAGUUUGAAAUGCAGGCAGAAUCUUCAAGAUCUUCGAAUAUGCACUUGGUUUCUUAUUAGUUAGCUUUGAACAAAUGUACAGAUGGAUAUACACAUAUUUUUUCAGUAAGGAAUUAACAUAUGGAAUAUAGAAGCAAUUUAAGUGGAUACAAUACCUGAAGGCAAUGUCGAGUCAGUCUGGAUUUUCAAACUCUGUUCCUCUGCCAGGAUAUCCAUUCUACCAGGUGUCAUGCAGCCAUAAUCAUCAGACCACGUCAUUUAGACAUCCAGUGACAGGACAGGUUUCUCCAGAAAAUAUUGAAUUUAUUUUGCGAGAAGAACAGAAUUCAUCUAUGUCCAAGCAACAAAUAAACCAAAGACCUUCAAGCAUGGUCAGUGAAACCUCCACUGCAGUAACUACAUCUGCCGUUGAUACAAAACCUGGCUCUAAGGUUGUGAAGGCUGGAAACAAAGUUCAUAGCUUUGGAAAGAGAGAACAAGCUAUCAGGAGGAAUCCCAAUGUUCCUGUUAUAGUAAGAGGCUGGCUACACAAACAGGAUAGCUCUGGAAUGCGAUUAUGGAAAAGACGAUGGUUUGUGCUUGCUGAUUAUUGUUUGUUUUACUACAAAGACAGCAGAGAAGAAUCUGUCUUGGGCAGCAUACCAUUGCCUAGUUAUGUCAUAUCUCCAGUUGGACCUGAAGAUCGUAUAAACCGCAAAUUUUCUUUUAAGGCUGUUCACACAGGUAUGAGGGCAUAUAUUUAUAAUAAGAAUUCUGUUAUUGGCUCUCAGGCAGAGCAUUCAGGGAUGCGGACAUAUUACUUCAGUGCAGAUACACAAGAGGAUAUGAAUGGCUGGGUCCGGGCUAUGAAUCAAGCUGCUCUUAUGCAGACACGCUCUUCACUGAGGAGAGAAACUGAAAAAGUGGAUCAGCAAGCUGUUCCCCAAGUCAAUCAUGUGGAUGCCUGUAAUGAGCGUGUGAAGACGGAGAUUACAGAUGUAAAAGAAAAUUAUCAAAAAUCAUCUGAAAUGCUUGGAUAUGAUAAGCGGGAAGAAAUAACAAGAGAAAAAGAGGAGGAGGAGCGUUAUGUUCACAGAAAAGGAACUCUGGAAACUAAGAAGGGAAAGGCUAAGCAUGCGUUAACAGAAGCUGAUUCAUUAUUUCCAGACUUAAACGCAUCGAGGUCCCAAGUAGCUCAGCCUCAGCCAGCUGAGAAAAAUGGAACGCUUCCUAGUUCAUUAAGUUUGAGUGCUGGCCUAGUGGAGCAGAAUGGUACCAGCUCAUAUAAAAGAGGGUUUGUUCCAAGAACUAAUCCAGAUAAACAGAUUCAAAGAAAAAGUAACAUGGCUCAAGUGGAACACUGGGUAAAAGUCCAAAAAGGCGAUACAAAAAGCCUUGCUUCUGAUCAGACUCUUACACGUCAGGGUCCCAAUCCACCUUUUCUUGAAAACUAUCACACUUUACCAAAGAACACCAGGCAGCCUUCAGGGAGCUCACCACCACCAAACCGCAAUUUGCCGAGUGACUACAAAUAUGCACAAGAUCGUGUUAGCCACUUGAAGAUGUCUCAGGAGGAAAGAAAAGCAAAUAAGGAUGGAACUGUUUGGCAGCUAUAUGAAUGGCAGCAGAGACAGCAAUUUAAACAUGGCAGCCCCACUGCCCCACCUUAUGUAGGUUCUUCGGACUUUAUUGAUCGUGGUAAGUCAAAAAGUUCAUUAGAUGUUCCACGAUCAAUAUCUGUUCCACCCUCUCCAUCUGAUAUUCCUCCACCUGGACCUCCAAAAAGCUUUCCUCCAAGGAGACCACAUACUCCUGCAGAAAGGCUUACAGUUAAACCAUCUGAUGGGAGGCAGACUGUAGAUGUUCCUUUUGCCGGCUCACCCAGGAAGAUACGAAAUCAUGCUAUAAAGAGCUCAACUCACAUCGAUCGACGCUCAAUGCCUGCUAUGGGCUACAUGACACAUACCGUGAGUGCACCCAGUUUGCACGGCAAGUCGGCGGAUGACACUUAUAUCCAGUUGAAAAAGGAUUUGGAGUAUUUGGAUCUAAAGGUAACAGGGCGGGACACAUUAAAGGAACGAAGUACAAAACCUGUCAAGAUUGCGGAAAGUGAUAUUGAUGUCAAGUUGAGCAUUUUCUGUGAGCAGGACAGAAUUCUACAGGACUUGGAAGACAAAAUAAGAGCCCUUAAGGAAAAUAAAGAUCAGCUAGAGUCUGUUUUGGAGGUUUUACACAGGCAGAUGGAACAGUACAAAGACCAACCACAACAUGCAGAAAAAAUUUCUUACCAGCAGAGACUUUUGCAAGAGGAUCUCAUACAUAUUCGGGCCGAAAUAUCCAAAGUUUCAACGGAAAUGGAAAAUGCCUGGAAUGAAUAUCUGAAAUUAGAGAAGGAUGUGAGCCAGCUGAAAAAGGCCUUACAGGAACAGAUGAAUAGUUCAUUGGUAUCUCAGGAGAAAACACAAAUUCAAAAAGACUUGUGGAGAAUUGAAGAUGUUACAGCUGGCUUGAGUGCAAAUAAAGCAAACUACAAAACCAUAGUAGAUUCUAUCAAGAAUCCAGAGAGAAAAAUAGUGCCUUCGUUUUCUCAGUCUUCAGUGCCUUCCUUACCAGCCUCCUUCACACCUACGGAGAGCAAACUGUCAGUUCCACAAAGCCCUCCAGCCAGUCCAGUGAAGUCCUCUCUGGAGGUUAGGUUGUAUCCACAACCUUAUUUCCAGGCCAGAACGCAGCACCAAGCACAGCAGCUGAAAAAGAUUGAGGCGCCUCUUCCAUCACCAGUUAAACUCAAGCCAAAGGUUGAAGAUGAAGCGCCGCCCAGACCUCCUCUCCCUCAGUUGUACAGUCCUGAUGAUCAGCCACCAGCUGUUCCACCUCUCCCCAGAGAAGCCAGUGUCAUCAGACACACAUCAGUGCGGGGCCUGAAACGUCAGUCAGAUGAAAGAAAGAGAGACAGAGAACUUGGACAGUAUGUAAAUGGAGAUUAUAGGGUGGAACUACGUUCAUACAUGAGUGAACCAGAACUAGCAAUGAUAGGUGGUGACCUCAGCCAAUCUUCCAGUGGUUUGAUAAGCUCUGGCAGUGGAUACCAGACAUUACCCACCCGUGGUUUAUCUGGAUCAACUUCCAGAUUGCACCAGUCAUCUACCAUAUCAUCUUAUGCAACACUUCGAAGGGAUAGGUCCAAGGAGAGACCAAAGAGUGCCUUGGAACGUUUAUACUCUGGAGACCACCAAAGAGGCAAGAUGAGUGCAGAGGAACAACUAGAAAGAAUGAAGCGACAUCAGAAGGCAUUAGUUCGUGAACGCAAGAGAACUCUUAGCCAAGGAGAAAGGCAGUCUGUUUCAUCUCGGUCUUUCAUCAGGCCCAUUUCUGCAGACAUAGGCUCAUGGAAACGAGAGCAAGAAUUUGAUUUGCAGUUACUUGAGAGGGCAAUUCGUGGAGAAGACAAGGAUGAAAAGGAAUGGUUAAAAGUUCAGCCAGUAGCGGUGACAGAAACAGACCUGGAGCCUCAAGACUAUGACCUAGAUAUCAGCAGAGAGUUGUCAAAACCUGAGAAGGUUGCAAUUCCAGAACGCUAUGUUGAACUGGAGCCCGAAGAGCCUCUUUCUACAGAAGAACUGGCAGCAAGGCAACGUAAAGCAGAAAAGAUAAAGAAUAUUCUCACUAAAUCUAGUAUGCACAAUCUCCAGCCUACUGUUGCCCAGGACAAGCACAACUCAGUUGAUUUAGAUUCACAGCUGCAAGAGCAAGAGCGCAUCAUUACCAUAUCAUACGCUUUGGCUUCUGAAGCCUCUCAGAGGAGCAAGGAGGUAGCAGCCAAAGCAGUAAGUGAACACUGACAUAAGAUGCGAAGCAAAUCCCACCUCGUGACGCCAUGUGGAAGGAAGAGGAGAUUCUUUACCAGCUUUCUGUGAAGAUACUCAUCAGCUGAUGACAUGUUCUUCUGGAAACAGAUUCAGAGAAUAAUAGGGGGAUUUUCUAUGAAAAUGAAGAGAAUUGCAAAACAUUUUAUUUUGACCAGUUUAGUUCAGACUUUUUAUACAAAUAAAAGGCACUUUUUAAUACUCUGUAAAAUACUGACAAUGUAUUUUUAGAACAAUGUAUUUUAGUUUUUUUUAAAUCAAGGGCUGAAUUCAUUUUAAGAGAAACUACUUACGUAGAUGUUAAAAGACGCUGUUACUUCCCCGUCAGGCUCAGAUGCAGAAUGUAAAGCUUGAUGAAAAUAAAUUUGAACAAGCCUAGAAACACAUUCAUGAGGUAUGAGCAGAGCUUACUCAAGUGAGAGGUUUGCCAAAGGGUGUUUGGGAUCAAGUAUUUUUGUCAUCACACACCCUUUUGCCUAUGAAAUAAUAAAUUGCAAGGAACUUCUAGUGUCAAUAAAGACUUGUGUAGUUGAAAGUUUCCACAAAAGCCAUAACUAAAGGCAGUUUUAACUCCCGUGUCCCUUUUUUGAUCCCAUUGACUAACUUGCUGGUAUGAGGAUGCAGUAGGCUAGAUUUCUCUUGACAGUAGUGCUGUCCCCUCAGUAGCAAACAGAUAACAAAUUCUGUUUUUCUAAAAGUUGAGAUGUGGGAGAAGAAAACUUUUAAUUAAAAUACGUGAACUAAGCUAUAAAAAAUAUAAUAGGAUAUGUCAUUUUACUAGUAAAUAUGUGGUUUUCCUUCAAUUGGUUUGUUCUUUUUUUUAAAAUAAACAUUACCAUGAGAUGUAUUAACCAGUAUUUAUCCUGGAAACAGCAAAACUGAUGUAAUAUGGCACCCACUCAUUUGUUGUGUAUGUUCACUUGGUGCUUAACUUUGCCAAACUUUGAAAUACAGUGUUUUACUUAUGUAUAGGGGAAAGGGUGGAAGAAGGAGAAAAUAAAUGAAUUGCUGCAACUAAUUUACUUGAAAAAAACCCUCCUUGUGUAUGCAUUGAAUGCAAGACAUGCAAAAACCUGCCCAUUAUGUAAUUAUUGGGUUCAGCUCUGGAAAUGAGUGAGAAAUACUUCUGCAGUAUUUUAUGAAACCACUAACUUGUUCACUUACUGUAUUCAAGUAAUAGCUACAGAACCCUUAAAAUUGACCUUCAAGUUUCAGACUUUAAGAUAAAUCAUAUUAUAAUAACUAUACUCUUUAAAGUAUAUAUUUAGCUAAUGCAAUCUAUUUUACCUCAAUACUGCCAGUAUCAACUUCAAAACC